AUGGCAGACAUUCAUUCUGAUGACAUGUACCAGUCAGCUCAUCAGAGCUUUGAUAAUCAGGGAGUACAUGCUGGUGGACUCCACACAAGCCAGAAUCUCCAGGUUGGAGACACAGUCUUGCCAACAAAUUCCAAAGAUGGAGCAGAGAGAAUUUUUGUUUGUGCAAAGUUUGCCCAAAUAAUUGCCACACGGUGGUUAUACUUCUUGGAUUCUUUUGAGUUUUUCUACACAAAUACAUCACUGGAAAAUGCUUCCACAAAUUUAUUAAAGGAAAAUUCUACAGUCAUUCACUGUAAUACUCUAAAAUCCCAAAAAUAUGAAUGUCAGGUAUCUUCAAUAAAACUGAAUCAUAUUUACAUUAUAUGGCUGAAGAUCACUAAUGGAAAUAUAUUACUGCAGUCACCAUUGAUGUCAGUCAAGCCUAUAGAUAUUGAUUUCUUUCAAGUGGUCAUUUCUCAUUGCAUGGUAUAUCAGAUUCCUCCACAGAGCUUUCAAAUGCCCUGUAUACCAGCUAGAAUGGCAGAGGAUGUUCCCACUUGGCAAGAUGUGCAUGGUACAAUUGGAGCCAAUGCCACUGUAUUUGUGGCUGGAGAUAACGUCUUGUGUUGCCAUUGGAGUGAUACAUAUAUGAAUUGUUUGGCACACACUGCAGAAAUGGAAGCCAAAGCACUUAUUUCUUCAAGAAUUGUCGGUUCAACACUUCAGCAGAUAGAUUCAAUUUGGAAUCUGCAAUUUUGGACUAAUGAAACCACAGAAGAAUUGUUUUGUAUUGUGAAAUUAUCUACUAAGUCACCAUAUUUGAAUGAAGACUUUACAGUUAAUCUACUGCAUGCAUUUGCUUUAUAUAAUCAGAUGAUGCUUGCAUUUAAUCUUUCGAUACUUUCUGGCUUAAUAAUAAAACCUGACCCUCCAUUAUGUCUGCAUGUUGAAAUGGCAGAUACGGGACAAAUAAAAAUCUCUUGGUCUCAGCCAGCAUCCAAAUCCAAUUUAUUUCUAUACGAAGUGAAAUGUUUUACAAAUUCAACUAAAAGUUUUCAACAGGUGGCUGAAAUUACCAUGGGAACAUCGCUGACCAUAAAUAAUGAAUUACUCGCAUCUUCAUAUAUAAUUCAGGUUCGGUGCAAGAACCAUAAGGAAUUAGGUCUUUGGAGUGAUUGGAGCUCACCUUUUAUCAUGGAUCUACAAGAUGUCAUGUAUUUCCCUUCUAAACUCCUAGCAAGUGUUGGAACAAACGUUUCUUUAUAUUGUGUUUAUAAAACCAAAGACAAAAUGAUCUCAUCAAAGAAGAUAGUGUGGUGGUUGAAUUUAGCAAAAGAAAUCUCAAGUAGCCAGUACACUUUUGUGAAUGACUACACUAGCAAAGUUACACUUACCAACUUGCCUGCAAUGAAGCCUGGAGGAAAAUUUCUUUUUAAUGCUUUAUACUGUUGUAAUGAAAAUAAGGAAUGUAAUCAUCGUUAUGCUGAACUAUACAUAAUAGAUGCUAAUAUCAAUAUCACAUGUGAAACUUAUGGCAACUUACAAAAAAUGACCUGUUCCUGGUCCAUCAACCCAGAUCCAAUACUUUUGGAAAGUACUUUGCUGUUAAGAUACUACAGGAAUGACAUAUACUGUUCAGAAUCUCCGAGCAUGCAUUCAGAUUCAGAGGUGAAAGAAUGCAAUUUGCUGAGGAAUAAUGUUUAUGAGUGCAUCUUUCAGCCCUUUUAUCUUCUGUCCGGAUACACUAUGUGGAUAGAGAUUAAGCACUCACUGGGAACAGUUACAUCAAGGCCAGUAUGUGUCCUUCCAAAAGAAGUAGUGAAGCCAUUCUCUCCCUUCAGUGUCAAAGCUGAGAUUACAGCGGACACUGGGCAACUGAAUGUGAGUUGGAAGAACCCUGAACUUCCAAAGAAUGACCUUCAGUUUCAAGUUAGAUAUGCGACUAGUGGAGAAGACAUUAAUUGGAAGAUUCAGGAAGUUUUGGCUGUAUCGGUUACCUCUUUGAGUAUUGCUGUACAAGAUCCCUGUAUAGUUUACAUUAUUCAGGUGCGCUGCAGGAUGAGUGAAGGAAUUGGCUAUUGGAGUGAUUGGAGCAGAUCUGCUUAUACAGUUGUUAAGGAUAUCAAAGCUCCUUUGCGAGGACCUGAAUUCUGGAGAGUUAUUAAUGAAGAUCCCAUUAUGAACCAGAAAAAUGUCACUUUGCUUUGGAAGCCACUGAUGAAGAAUCUUUCUUUAUGUAGCGUUCUGGACUAUGUAGUAGAACAUAAUACCUCAGAAAAUAUUGUUUGGUCUGACUAUAUAGAAAAUGACACUACUUACACUUUUUCAUGGUCUGGAGAUACACAUUCUGUUAAAAUUCUAGCAAUCAACUCAAUUGGACCUUCCUCUGUGAAUUUUAUUUUAACUCUUUCACAACAAAUAAGCACAGUAAACAUUGUGCAGUCUCUGAAUAUUUACCCAAUGAACAGCAGUUGUGUAAUAAUGUCCUGGAUACUUUUGCCUAUGGAUUAUGUGGUUACAUCCUUUGUAAUUGAAUGGACCAAUCUAAAUGGAGAAGAACAAAUUAAAUGGAUAACAGCUCCUCCUAAUGUUAGGAGGUAUCAUAUAUUUGAUAACUUCGUACUCAUUGAGAAAUACAGAUUUAGUUUAUAUCCGGUCAUUAAUGAAGGAGUCACAAAACCUGCAAUAACAGAAGGAUUUUCCAAAGGUGGGAUUGAAAAGCAGCAUGAUGUGAACUUCUAUGUGAUUCUACCCUUAAUGAUUUCAUGCUCAUUUCUGCUGCUUGGAGCAUUGCUGAUUUUGCAACAUAGAAUUAAGAAAUUAUUGUGGGUUGAUGUCCCAAACCCGAAGAAUUGUUCCUGGGCACAAGGAGUUAAUUUCCAAAAGCCUGAAACCUUUGAGCAUCUCUUUCUCAAGCAUCCUGAAGCGUUGUCAUUUGGUCCGCUACUUCUGGAAUCAGAAAUAGUAUUGGAAGAUAUCAGUAUUGAUAAAGCAAUGAAACAUGAAGAUAAACAAGAGUUACUAGCAGUUGACUCACUGUUUUCAACCAUUCAGGACUUUGAGCAUGACUCAACUUGCUUUAGUGGUCAUUUCAAUAGCGAUAGUCUAUCUGAGAACGUCCAAGAUGCAGAAAAUAAAAGAGGCAUGUCAGAACAAUGUAAUGUAAAAUAUGCAACUAUUUUAAGUGGCUCCAUGUCAAGUGGACUUUAUGAGCCUCCAAAGGAUUCAAGUAGUCCUUCUGACAGAAGUUUUGUGAACCUUAAGUCUUUAGUUCCAGCUUCUUUCUCUAGCAUUUCUUGGGCAGUAGGAAAUCAAGCAUUUUUGAUAUUACCUGAAUAUUUUCAAGACCCUCCCAGGAAAAGUCACUCUCUCUCUGUUGUUUCCACUGAAGGUUUCUUAGAAUCUUCAGAACAGGAUAAAACGUUCACUGAAGGUGACAGCCCAGAGAGAAGUUUGUUCUACUUAGGCAUGGGCCCACUCAAAAAUAAUGAAAAUGAUAUAUUUUUAACAGAAAAUUCAAAUGUGGCACCAUGUAAUUUUCAUACCAAUACUCUCAUUAGAAGCAUGGGGAUUUCUCAAAAUGUAACACCUGAUCUAAAUCCUUUUAUCUGUAACUGUGAGAGGCCCCUUCAAACCUUUAUACCGUAUAUGCCACAGUUUCAAACACUGACAGUUAAAAUACAUGAGACAGCUAGUAGCAAAGCUUAA